UAUCCCGCCCCACGACGUUCAUAAAACUCACACACUCAACCGAGCGGAAUUAUUUCAUCAGCGACCGACCACAGCAACAGCUUCACUAUCCUCCCAUUUCUGUCCUUUCGCUCUUUAUCAAGCAGAAGACAAUAAAAGGUCCUAAUCGGCUGCUGCAAAAUACUGUGACCACAGACCUGCCACUUCCUGUUCUGUGUAUUCAAGAGGCUGUUGCUGAAGUCAACACACCUACACCAAAGGACCAGUAAUAAACAAGUACUUGAUUUACCUACCCCAUCUGCUUGAAUUACUGCUUCACAGUCCACUCACACGUGUUCUGUUUAAGCUCUGUCAAUCACACACACCCACACUAAGGAUUUAAAACCCAUAGCCUGGUACUGCGCCCACACACAGUCACAGCAAAUAUGGCCAGCAUGCUGUCCACGCUUGGUAAAACCCUGCUUCGCCGCCGGGCAUUAGACUGUUCCGGCGAAGAAACCCGCUUCGCCCGAUGUUUGUCCACUCUGGACCUCAUCGCCUUGGGAGUGGGCUCCACUCUGGGCGCCGGUGUCUACGUCCUCGCUGGCGAAGUGGCCCGAGAGAAGGCCGGACCCGCCAUCGUACUCUGCUUCCUCAUCGCCGCUCUGUCCUCCAUGUUGGCCGGCCUGUGCUACGCCGAAUUUGGCGCCCGUGUCCCCAAGACGGGCUCGGCGUACCUUUACAGCUACGUGACAGUCGGAGAAAUCUGGGCCUUCAUCACGGGAUGGAACCUUAUCCUCUCAUAUGUGAUAGGUACGGCCAGCGUGGCGAGGGCUUGGAGCUCGACGUUCGACAGCCUGGUCGAACAAAAGAUCUCCGGCUUCUUCAAAGCCUCCAUGGCGAUGAAAGUGCCAGGUGGGGUGCUGGCGGAGUAUCCUGACCUGUUCGCACUCAUCCUGGUCCUGCUGCUCACUGGACUUCUGGCCUUCGGCGUGAGCGAAUCGGCGCUGGUCAACAAGAUCUUCACGGGCAUCAACCUAGUGGUGCUGGGAUUCGUUAUCAUCUCUGGCUUUGUCAAAGGGGACCCAGCCAACUGGAACCUCACAGAAGAGGAUUACAUCAGCUAUGUAAACCGCUCCAACACCACCAAGACUUUACUAGUGAAGGAACAAUUUGGCGUGGGUGGCUUUGCUCCAUUUGGCCUCACUGGAGUCCUGUCUGGUGCUGCCACCUGCUUCUAUGCGUUCGUGGGCUUCGAUUGCAUCGCGACAACAAGCGAAGAAGCAAAGAAUCCCAUGCGUUCCAUCCCUGUUGGCAUCGUGGCCUCACUGCUCAUCUGUUUCUUUGCCUACUUCGGCGUUUCUGCUGCUCUGACUCUGAUGAUGCCGUACUAUGAGCUGAACACGCAGAGUCCGCUGCCCGAGGCCUUCAGCUACGUCGGCUGGGCUCCUGCCAGAUACAUCGUCGCUGUGGGUUCGCUCUGCGCUCUGUCCACCAGCCUCCUGGGCUCUAUGUUCCCUAUGCCCCGUGUUAUUUACGCCAUGGCUGAAGACGGGCUGCUGUUCCGUAUUCUGUCCAAAAUGAACGAGCGCACUAAGACCCCUCUGCUGGCUACCGUUGCUUCUGGCAUCGUUGCAGCUCUGAUGGCCUUCCUGUUCGACCUGGCAGCUCUGGUCGACCUCAUGUCCAUAGGAACUCUGCUGGCGUACUCUUUGGUGGCCAUCUGUGUCCUCAUUCUCAGGUAUCAGCCAGGAACUCUGAGUUCGUCCAGCCAGACGGAGAAGCUGGUGGAGCUGGUGGAAGGAGAGAAGGUGGCCGUAAGUGGAGGAGACAGCGGCGACGAAUACGGCAUGGAGAUGGACGAGAAGCCGCUCCGAGAGACCUUCACCGCCAAGCUGCUCUUCUGUCCGAGUGGAAAAAUCCCCACCCAGACCUCUGGGAACAUCGUCUACGCUACCACUGCUAUUAUCUCCAUUUUCAUCAUCAUAUUGUGCGUUAUCCUGGCCAACUGUCUGGACCAACUGCUCAGCGGACACGCCGGCGUAAUGGUACCCUGCAUCAUUUUGACUCUGCUCUGUGGCGUCUGCGUCAUCAUCAUCUGGAGGCAGCCGGAGAGCAAAGAGGCUCUCACCUUCAAGGUCCCCCUGCUUCCCUGGUUGCCCCUGUUCAGCGUUUUCGUCAACAUCUACCUCAUGAUGCAGCUGGACGUUGGGACGUGGUUGCGCUUCACCGUCUGGAUGAUCAUCGGUUUUGCCAUCUACUUCUUCUACGGCAUUAAGAACAGCAGUGAAGCCAGCAGGUCAUCCCCACGCAAAUACGAGCCCGCACUGCAGAACAAGAGCCCGAUUUACAAAGGCGCCCCCAGCGACAGCGACGUGGAAGCUGGCGGCAGCCCUUGAUACUGACUGACACGGACCUGGGGAGCAUUGCAGAGCACCUACACUCAUUUCUAAGCCGUCUGGUUAAGAUGGCGACCAAACGUUCCAGUGUAGGCGGCUCGAAACGCUGCCCUGGGUUUACAGGCAGGAGAGGCAAGAAAAACGCCACACACAUUUUACCUCUGAUUGGAGGCUGAUUACCUUGAUGGCUAGACACUGUGACGGAGCCACUUGCUGGCCCCUUGUGUCUGUUUUAAUCUGUUUCUACUUAGCCUUAGCCCUCUGGAGACAUUGACCUGCCUAUAACACAUGCUUUCAAUGGACCUAACUAACAGGGAGUGCUUCGGUGCUCUUCAUGAAGUCGUAUUUUCCGUUAACCGAAAACUGAAACUGGAUGAAUGUUACUAUUUAGCUGUUCUCGUCUUUUGCUUCCUCACUGUUAUUUAUGUGCCGUGGCUGCGCGUGGAGCCACCGUGGGGCGAGUAAGAGCUACUAUAAAUUAUAACUUGAGCCCGUGGGUUUACGAUUGUCAAGACACUUGGACCUUUCAAGCGAGGCUUUGCAUUGUGUCGGAGUCUUUCUAAGCGGAGGGCCACCAACCGAGUGACUGAGAUGAAGUUACCUUGACGUGUUUAGUUUACUAGUCUCGUGUGUUAUCGCGCCUGCUAGUGGGUAAACAGGGUAGCACUGAAGCCGUGUGUUUUACAGUAUCGAUCAGGGCUUCAGUGCAGGUCGGUCAGUCGCUCACGGUCGAUGGUGAGGUCUGAAUGGAGCAAAAGUACAUGCUUUGCUGAUUGGAUGACGUAUAUUUUUAACACACUAUCGCCCUUGUGACCACCCCGACUCCCAGAAAUCAGCAUGUAUACACCACCACAACAAAACCGUAUGAAAUUAGCUACUUAUCGUAAAGUAGCGUUUUGACUUGAAUAUUGACCGAGUUGAAAUUUGCAGACAUUUUGUCGCCUUUUGUUUCAACUUAAACUGAGUUAAAAAUGCUUUUAUAAACAAAAAAGGCGACAAAUGGAGAAAGUAAGCACUGUGAAAGAAAGAUUGCAGCUCCAUGUCUUCCAGUUUUUGCUGUAACAUUAUAUCAUCAGUAUGUUUUUAUUACAAAACAUACUUUUAUACCCAUAUUUGAUUGCAUAUAAGGCAUUAGAAAGUUGGUAUGAAUUUAAAAUCCUUAUUAUGACAUGAGGAGUUCCACAGAUGUGCACUUAAAAAGCUCAUUUAUCACAACAGGUUAUCAUAUAAUGUGCUAUUGUUAAUAACUGGAGUAGUAUGCAAAAGAAUCCGCUGAUAUACACUGAAUUGUGGCAUUUGAUACUUUUGGUAUCUGGGAGCUGAGGGUCUGUCUGACAAGGACCCAUCUUUCAUCACCACUAAAAUAUCUUUGUCGUCUUUAUUUGGUUUUUACUUCCUUGUGAAAGAGUUUCCUUUCACAAAGGCUCUUGUUUAGUUUCGUUUGAAACUACUUCUUGGCAGCUUGUCUGUUGAGUUCCCAUCACUUUUAUUUUAUAUUUACUAUUUUAUUGACUCAUUUUCUGAUAGACAUGUUAAUUUUAAAAUGUUAUUGGUAUUUGUUUCGGAACGCUCGCUCUUUGUUUUGGUUCAUUUUUUGGCUUUUCAUAUCGAUUUCAAUCAAGCAGUGUGCUUUUUAGAUGUUAAUGCAUUUUAAUCGUUACAUGUACAGUUUCUAGAGUGCUGAUCGUUUUGGUCUGCCUGUUCUUUUGUUUUGUUUUUUCUUUGUUGCAAACAUCUCGCAUCAUGAAUUAAUUGUAUUAAUUUCCUUCCUGACCAAAUGAACUUGUUUUUGGAAAUUUCCAGAACAAAGAAUGACCACUAAAAGUUGGUCUCUAAAUUGUUUUAUUUGAAGACAUAUUUUUUAUCAGUCCCUUGAAGUCAAUAUAACUUAUUGUUAAUAGUAUAUUUUCUGUUGUCCUAGUAAAGUGCUUUUACUGUAGAGUGUACAGUAUUUGUUAAAAAUUGUAUCUUUUAUUUGUAUGAUGCUGUAAAUUAUACAAAUAUACUUUCUUUAAAAUAAUGACCUUAAGUAUAAUUUGAUAAGAGAUGUGCUUUUUUUGUAAAUUACACUUGAAGGCAUUUCAGUUUAACAUUUGAUGCUGCUGUACAAUGUUGUAAAAAUGAUUUUUUUCACUUGAAAAUGGUCAAAAUUGAAGCAGAAACCUCACCUUUAGACAUGUCAGAUGUUGACAUAUCUCCCAAAAUGUUUGUGAUGAAAGGAAUUGAGGGUGGAUUUGGAUUCAGCCAGUAUUUUUAUUUUUUAUUUUUAGAAGAUGUUGAACACAAACUGGUGCCUAAAGAACCGUCUCUCCGCCUGAGAAGGGCACCGGGGCUGGUAGAAGAGAGUCGAGCCGCAUCCAGGACUGUUUUAAUAUACUUGAGCUGCUGUCACGGUUAUGGAUCAAACGUAAUGGGAGACUUUAAAUGUAAAAUCUGCUCUUAAACCUAAGAGCAUUAACAUUCCCAUGCUUUCUUGCCAGUAAAUUAUCAUCAGGAGGAUACGCGGCUGUGACCCACUACGCUCUUCGUACGAAGCCCCGGUCGCCUUUCGAUAAUUAAUCCGAUCAUCUCCCCCCCUCAGUGCUGUCUCGUUAACAGCAACAGUCUAUUUUUGUCUUUGUUUUAUAUCCUGUACAUAAAGCUGUCAUGUAUAAAAUGAGCUGUAUUUUCAGUGUAUUUGUUUUUUAAAAUAAAACCGUGAUUCUUGCUUAUUGGAGGAGA